UCGACUUGAGGUUACAGGAGGGUUAUAGUCACCCGCUGCGGACGAAGGCAAUGUUUCACACCAUUCGUUGUCAAUUCUCACGCACCGACACUCCAAAAAGUGCUUCUUCGGGCAAAGGGAGCCUUGAGCGGCAUGAUGGCAGAGGAGAGCAGGGGCAAACGAAGGAAGCAAGCGAACCCGAGAAGGAAUCGAGUGGACAUUGAGCAGGCCAGUUCGCUGGGCUCGGAGGGGAAGGAUGAUGAUAAGGUGGGUUUGUGGAGCCUAGAAGUCCAGGACUAUCAGGACAGCCUGGACAAGACCAGUCUGACCCCCAGCGAGGGAGAGGGUGACGGGGAGGGGACUGAGCCAGCAGGCAGCCCCAGCCCUAGGGGCCUCUCAACUCGGCCCCACAACCUAAGCCUCAGCCCCAGCCCCAGAGGGGGCCACUGGGCAGAGGGGGCCGAGGAGGAGAGCCCUGGGAGUGGGCUAACCAUGGAGGACAAGGAUGGAGAGAGGGAGCAGGGAUCACUCAAGACCUAUACAGGUCAGAGGUCAGACAGUCAGGCCCUGGAGGACAUGGCCCACUAUGACUUCCUGGUGCAGCUGAGAAAGGCAUCCUCCCACCACCCGGCCUCCCACCACUACCACCAGCACCAUCAGCCCCCUAACGGCAGCGCUACAGCCCCAGCCAUGUAUCACCCUGGCAGCCUGAACCUCCACGAUGACCCCCUUCCCAUCUGGUCUCCUGGGACGCAGCGCUCACCUGAGGGACAAGAUGGCAUCCCUCUGAGUCCUGAUGCUACGAGGAACCUUCAGGCAUGUCCUUUCUGCCAGCGCCCCUACCACCUCGGUGCGUCUCUACGCGAGCACAUCAAGUUCUGCCAUGAGCGGGACGGGGGGCACAUGGUGUGCCCGGUCUGUGGGUACACUGCCCGCUAUAGGGCACAGAUGGAACGACACAUGGCACUGCACAGUCAGGUGGAGGAUAAGCACCCUGUGUCCGACCACGGCAUAGAGAGCAGGAAGUUCAAGUGUCUCCAGUGUGGGAAAGCCUUCAAGUACAAACACCAUCUCAAGGAGCACCUCCGCAUCCACAGUGGCGAGAAACCGUACGAGUGCUCCAAUUGCAAGAAGCGUUUCUCUCACUCCGGCUCCUACAGCUCACACCUCAGCAGUAAGAAGUGCCUGGCCGGAGGAGGAGGAGGCAGCGGAGGAGGAGGAGGGGGCAGUGGAGGAGGAGAAGGCAGCGGAGGAGGGGGGAGCUAUAACAACGGACAUGGCCACCAUGGGGCCUACUACUCCUCCCCUGCGUCGCCCUCUGCAGGUAGUGGAAGGAACAGCAGUGGGAUGGGCUCUCCCUACCCUCCCCACACCCAGGAGGAACGUCCUCCAAUGGGGUUAGAGAGGAACCUGUAUCUCCCUAGAGACCAUGGUACGCGUCUCCUCCGGGGCCAGGACCUAGGCUGGGAGUUGGGCCGGCGGUGGGACCCCACGCCAGAGCGUUUUCUCCGGGCCAGUGUGUUCAAGGACACCACCCUGCUGCCGUACCUACAUGCCGGCACCAGGGGAAAGUUUGAGCAGAUGCUGCAGGAGAUGCUGCACAGGGAGGAGGGAGGGUCUGGCUCAGCCAGGGAGGAGGGGAGACUGGGGGUUCACAAUGGAGGGAGAGACGGGAAGGCAUCACCGGAGGCUCCGUUGAAACUAAAACGCGACCGUGCCGGCUCGGGUGAUGGCCAGGGGGUAGGUGGAGGGGUAACAUGUCGUUGGUGCUCCCAGCUCUUUCCCAGCCCCGCCAUCCUACUCCAGCACGAGCGCUACCUCUGUAAGAUUUACCAAGAGGCCAUGGAGGAGUCUGAGGAUCCUCACAGCAAAAAACACCUCUCUCCCCUCUACUUCUCCACCAGACCCCCUCUCCACCCACCACCAUCACUAGAUAACCACAAACCCCCAGCGAUGACCAACGGUUUCCCGAAAGACAAGUCUCCUCUCCAGAGACCCAGCUGGAACUCUGUCCCUCAGCAGCUGCUGGUUGCCAUGCACUCCCCCCUCCCGCCCAGCCCAGACUCACUUGCCACGAGGUCCCAUUGGUCCAGCCAGGAGAGUGGCAGGAGUGGCGGCAGCCCUGGCCAACCAGCACCAACCAGCCCUGCUACAGAAAUGUCAUCCCCUCCCCCAUUGGGGCGAAGACGGGUCCCCUCUUCAGGGUUCGGCUCGCACCUCUGCCUGGACCUGUCCUCUGCCGUCCUCACCACUCCUGCAAGCCGAGCCGCCCCCCAGGGAAGGACCCACCGGUCGUAUAGCUCCGAGAAUGACCAACCCCUGGAUCUCUCCCUCCCCAAGCCCCAGGAGGGGAAAGCCCUAGAGGACAGCAAGCCCUAUAAUGGAAACCCUCACUGGGAAGAGAAGAGACAGAAGACCCAGAGAGACCCAGCAGAGAACCAGCACCACCGGAGGCUGAGCGUCCGUCUCAGUCCACCUCCUCACCAGCAUCCUGCAGUCUACAGCGGCGCUCAUAUCGCCGGGGGUUCCAUCUACAGUGCCUAUCCUCUGUUUAACCCUAUGAUGCUUGCUGGGCUAGCUGGCUCGGGGCAUGACGGGGUCCCCUCCCUGCCCCUCGGCCGUCCAGUUCGCAACCAGGGAUUCCUCUCACCCAUGACCUACAUGAUGGAGUCAGACACAGACGCUGUGCUGAAGAGGAUCCACCAGGAGAGACGAGCAUUAAUGGGUGAGGUGAUGGGCCGCGGGAGUCUGGACUACCUCUCUCUGAUACAGGAGGGAGGAGAGGGCGAGGGGGGACCAGGGAGGAAGAGACUAAAGAAGACAGACGAAGGCCUGUACGCUUGUGACAUCUGUGACAAAACCUUCCAGAAGAGCAGCUCUCUGCUCCGACACAAGUACGAGCACACGGGUAAGCGUCCUCACGAGUGCAAGAUCUGCAAGAAAGCCUUCAAGCACAAGCACCAUCUAAUUGAACACAGCCGCCUGCACUCUGGAGAGAAGCCCUACCAGUGUGACAAGUGUGGCAAGCGCUUUUCUCACUCGGGCUCCUACUCCCAGCACAUGAACCACCGGUAUGCCUACUGCAGCCUGCACCAGGACCAGGAGGAGGGUGAGGAGCUCCCUCGAACCCCAGGGCGGUCCACCGAUGUGGGCCACAUGGCCGUGGACACCCCCCUUUCCAUGGAGGACACCCCAACAUUUCUUAGUGACUCCAGUCUAGACGGGGGGGUAGAAGGGAGAGUAGACGAAGAGGAGGAAGACGAGGAGCACGAGACAGAAGAGAAUGAAGGCGGACGUAUGAAGGAGGCAUGUAGUUUGUCAGGGUAUAGGUCUGGUGAGGGAUUGGAGCCGAGCCCCAGUCUGGUACAGGGGUCCCCUGUGGGGAGGGACAGGGAGAGAGAACAGAGGGAGAGAGACGAAGAGCAGGUUGACAGACACAAUGGAGAGAGAGAGAGUGCUAGUCUAGGGACUCACGGACUGGAGACCAACCAUCACUGGGACAAAGACACAUUGGAACGAAAUGGAGACCAGACAGACACAUACGAGCUGAGCCCGGAAGCUCCAGUGUCACAACAGUGGACAAGUGUGCCAAAACAAUGCAUCUAGCUACAUGUACAAAUAAGGAUUAAUAGGUGUGGAAAAUAUAUUUUAAAAAUGCACUGUUCAAAAUAUAGCAAAACGUAUACUGUACAGGUACAGUAAGUGACUUCCAAUGCAAAGCCAUAUGAACACAACCAAAAUAAGGACCACAUGAACUGACAGCAUAACAUAAAGUGCAUAGGAAGAGCCAUGCGUAUGAUAUUCACGCUGGUCGGUAUGUUAGCAUGCACAAUAUUGACCACUACAUAUCUGUCAUCACAGCUACCGGUUGACCACUUACGACUGGUUUAAGGUAAAGGUACAGGAGUACGCACUGCAAGGUGUUGUUGGUCAUGUUGUCCUGUAGCAAGCAGUGUUGUUCAAUGUGUUUCCAGUUGCCUUAUCAGUAUAAUACAGUAUUUUUUAUUUGGCAAUACAAGUAGUCACUUUUGAAGGUUUUUAUAUUAGAUUUGACAUCAUAUUCUCCAA